AGCCUUUAUUUAAUACUUAGCUUUUAUUAAAAUUUGGCUAGUGGCUUUCUGAAUUCGAUUUUUCUGUUAUCGAUAACCGGGAUCUUUCAAGUUUUUCUUAUCAUUAAAGGUUACAGACUUCUGUUAUUAUUAUGAAACUAAAAUAUUAAUGUGGUUUAAAAAUGUGCCCUGGCUCGGAGGACAGUUUAAAGACAAAGUCAUAUUCCAACGGAUCGUUAGAGAAGGCGUCUUAUAAACAGUUUAGUUUCAGAAAAAGUUAUUGUUUUGUCAAUAAGUUAACAGUGACUGUGUAUUCACUUUUGUUCUUAACUUGCCUGUUGGACGGGGAGUGUCAUGCUAGAAAGUGUUUCUAUGCGACUCUAGUCUCAGUGGUCUUCGGAUUGCAACUCUUGUCAGCUUUCUAUACGGUUAUCGAAGAACAUCUUCUUCUCGUCGUACCUUUGCGGAUUCAAAUGACUUCAAUCUAUUACUACGGACAACAGUCGACAGUGUCCAUUCCGUGGUACAAGAUUGCCGACUUGAUGAUCAUCGACGAGAUAACGUGCCAGCAGGUUUUGCCCUUCUUGGCCGUACAGUUCAAGGAAGGUGUUACAAUUGAUGGCCAGAGCCAUAUCAUACUUUUUCCGAAUAUGAGGCCUAGGCUGGCACACCUCGAAAGGAUUUAUCGCGAUUUACAACAAAUCAUCGACGCCAACAGGUAGCAUUCGUCUUAACGAAACCUCUGUGAUUUUGUGCCACCGAUUGACCAAAGACUGAUCUCAAGUAAAACGCAAACCAGGUUUGCUCAGCGCUCCGAUAAACUUCAGAUAAUUCAUUAGGCACCAGGUCCGGUGAAAAGGACUAUAUGAAAAGGAUUGUGUCGCUACAAAACUUGGCACUCACGCCAAAUUUAACUAACUACUAAGAGUAAAGAGCCAACAAGAAACAUUCCACAUAACUCACAAUUUGUAAAAAAUAAUAAUUAAUAUUGCUAUAUUUAAUUUUGAAAAGUAAUAUAAAAAAAGAUAUUAUUUAUA